AUGAUCUGCCCACACUGCGCCAGUGUCGGCGAAUACGACGACAGUGCGCGGGCGUAUAUCUGUUCUUCUUCCGAAUGUGCCGCGGUGCUCGGGGUCUAUCUCGACGAGGGGUAUGUCGGAGGCAGAGGUGCCGUGGACGCGGCACAGCCGACGCGGAAGCAGACACACCCACCAGCCUCCGCCGACCACGUCCAACACGCCCUGCAAUCCAUCUGCACGCGCAUCCUCGCUCCCCAUCUCCUCGCGCCCGCCUUGCAUGUGUGGCAGCAAGCCAGCACGCGCGUCUACACCCGCACACCCGCCGCUGCCUUCUUCCUCUGCGCCUGCGUACUUCUGGGUGCGAGUACGACCAACACGCAUCACUCCCCCGCCUACAGUUUCUCCCUCCCCCGCAUCCUCAUGGCUGCCAACAUCCAGCCUGAUGCCGAGACGGUCAGGCGGACAGUACGCACUGUGCGGCGCAUCAAGCGCGCGCUCAACUUCCAAGCGGGUGUCGAUGUAUGCGCGUCUGUCAGCGCAGCCCUCGAUGGGCUCUUUGCGCAGGCUCAAAGGAUGAGGGAGAAGGGAGUGGAAACACAGUUUCAAGAUGAGCAGCAACUGCACACAUUGGACCUCCGUAGCGUACACAACUUGGCCCGUGACUUGCUCACCCUCGCCUCUCAUACCAACUACCUCGACAACAGGCGGCGCGGGCGUCCCGUAGCGGUGGCCAUGGCGACACUAGCCAUCGAGUCGCAUUCGAGCGUGAGUAUGGGUGCGGGUGUGGGUUCGAGCGGGCGCAGACAGCUUAUCGCGUUACUGAGCCGGUGUGCGAAUAGUGAUAGUGCAGCUCCCUCCCUCUCCAUUUCCGUUUCGCACCGCGCCGUCGCCAAUGCCACCCGCGAGCUGCUCAGCCUGCUAAGGAAAAUCGCUCGAAUGCACAUACCCAUCCUCGAACAAGCCAUCUGUGAACUCAAACGGAAGAGGAGUGCGAGCAAUAGCGGUGACCAUGGCACGCAUACGCAGAACCAGAAACAUCGCUACACGUCGCUGGCGUGGGUGGGCAAUGUGGUGCAGUAUGCCCUCACACACCUCGACACGCAAUCUCUCGCACACACUUUUACACCCGACUUGCGCAGGAAUAAGCCCAGCUCCAGCUUCAACUCGGCCGCAAACACCAGCAACACCCCCUUUGCCGCAGCUGCAGUGGCGUUCGUACGCGAUAGACAGCCUGCCGUUAUCAGCGUAGACGCAUCUCGAAGGCUGAUUGCCGAUAUCGAGCGCGUAUUGGGUCCUGCUCAUGCUCAUCCCACACGCACUAGAUUCACUGAUAAAGUCAGCGACGAUAUUUCCGAUAGCGAACUAUUUAGUGAUGAGGAAUUGGCAUCGUAUUUGCACUCCCAGAAUGAGGUUGCUGCUAAGCAAGUGGUUGUGGGUGAUAGAUACGACCUUACGCAGUCGCAAAUGCAGUCACAAACGCAGUCACAUGAACAAAAACGCAAGAAGAGGCCCGUGGAUGAUGCCAACACUGAUGCAAAUGUACAAACACGAAGCACCAAGGCUACUAAAGCUACAGAUAUAACCAGUACACACAUUAAACCUGCAGAUAUACCCGAUGGCAUGAGUAUGAGUGAAGAAUUUGAAGAUAUCAUUGAUAAUGUUUGA